AUGAACGACGAAGAAAAGGUCUUCUUCAAAUUCACGGAAAGUAAAAUUCUGCUAAGCGAGUUCUGCGAGGAGUAUGUGAAGGCAAAAAAAAAGGAAGAAAUUCUCACCCAGGAAAUAAACAAACUACAGCUAAAAAACUGCCAACUGGAAAAUGAAGUAGAGAAAUAUAAACAGCUAGUAAGUAACAUAGAAAGGAAAAAAGAAAAAGAAAUGGAAAAUCAAAAUUUCGAAUAUGAUAUUAAAAUAAAAAAAUUAGAAACAGAAAUGGACGUACUCAAUUCUUGUCUCACGAAGGAAAAAGAAAAUUACAACUUAAAAGCAACCGAACUUAUAGGACUCAAAUUGGAAAAUGAAAAAUACAAAUCCCAACUAAGUGACCGAAAGGAAAAUAAUACGCAAGAAAAGGAAAACAAAAAAAUGCUCACACAGAACAAUAUUAAUGUGCUUAAUAAAAUGUACGCAGAAAUUAAUCAAAAGGUGGAAGCCAUAAUGCAACAUCUACACGAUAGCAAAAGUAACAGACACGACAUUGAACAGAAGAUAAAAAAUUACCAAUCUAUGUUGAACGAAUAUUUAAAAAAAAUCACAGACACAAAUUUGAAAUGCGAAAAAUUUUUUAAAUUACAUAAAGAAGCGAAAUUUAAAAAUAUGCUCAACAAGUCAAAGAAAAAAGUUCUAAAAAGUAGGAUAGAAGAAUUACAAAAUGAAAACCAAGUCUUGUCCAACCAGGUUGAUGCCUUAAAAAAAAAUAUUCACCACAUGGACGCCGAGAAGACGCAAUACUAUUUAUUACUCAAAAAGGCAGAAAAAAAAAAUUUGUUUUUUUAUCAUAAAUUUAAGGAAAAAAAUGAUACCCAGGGUACUGAAAAGGGGCUGCCGCGCCAUCAGCUGGAUGACCACCGCCAUGAUGGCCCCAGGCGCUCCCACUCGUUUGAUACCCCAAAAAGGUCACCUCCUCAUCUUAAGAGACCAGAUCAAGUUAUACCCGACCACACAACUUCCACAAAUGGGAAAAGGAAUUCCUCUCAUCAUGGAAAUGGUGCUCUAACCCAAAAUGGCCCUCUCCCUUGGAAGCAAAAUUCAAAACAAAAAAACAGAAGCACGUCAAUUUAUAAGUACAGAGAUGUAGACAGAAACAAAUCAUACCGCGCAGACGAAUUUAACAUCAAAAAGGAAAGGAAGCGAAAGAAAAUCCUCUUCUUCUCGGACAACGAUCAUGAUAAAAGGCAAAAAAGGAAAAACGAAAUUUCGAACGAGAAAAACAGUGUGCAGUACAUAGACUUGAUAGUUAACUCGACAGACUUGCUUUCCAGUAAAGCCAGGCCCGCUGGAAACGCCCCUAGAACUGCACUAUGCUGA